AUGCCUGGAGUGCUCACCAACAUUGCAACUGUCUAUCCCGAUGUCCAACACCAGGACAUGGAUGACGCAACAUUCAAGCCGCUAUUCUUCACGAUCAGAUUUUCUGGUACCCUUCCGAAGCACCUGAUAGAACAAAAUAUACCUGUUGAGAUAUCAGUGUCAAUCGCUGAAGAAUACGGGUGCUUCACUAUGCCCUUCAUAAAAGCUAUAUCAUCGAUGGAUCAGUGGCAGUCCGAUACUGAAAGCAUGCUAAAUUCAAGCAACUCAAAUUUUUCUGGUAUCCUUGAAUGCGAUUGGGCAAAGCUAUCAAAGGAGAUUGAGGGGUGGCUCGUAGAACUCAAUACCGAAUUGUCACAAUGGAUGUGGGGACGGGACACAUUUUGGUUGACAUUUGUUGCCGCAUAUCCCUUCUUCCCAAGAGGCACCUGGCCAAUGUGGGAUCCCCACAUACCGUUGGAAGGUGCAUUCAUUGAACAAUGGCUAGAGACUUCAGGUCAUAGCAUCACAGUCGACCAGGAAAUUAUGGUGAUAGACUUGGGCGAUACAGAGGACUUGAAGGAAAUCUGGGGCGCAUUUUGUAGGGAUGCUGCCCUUUUCUACCCUUAUCCCCUCAUUUCUACCAACUAA